AUGUCCAGUCGCAGCUACAGCAUCUAUAGUGCCAUCUAUUCCAUGGCGUAUGCGCUGCAUUCAGUGUCCUCAGCUGGAUCCAAACAUGUCAUGAUGGUGGAAGGCCAGAAGCUUUGGCAUGUCCAGCCAUGGCAGAUUCUGGCUACUUUGAGGAAAGGCUGGUUCAACAGCAGUAAUGAAAAUGGCCAAAGAUAUGAUAUCCUGAACUGGGUCUUCUUCUCAAAUUGGACUUUGGCUCCUGUGAAAGUGGGAGAAAUAGAUGCAGCAGCUCCCCAAGGCCAGGACUUCACCAUCAACUCUGAUGAGAUUGUGUGGGCUACACAGGGGAAGCCAGUUUGCUGCUACAGGUGCGAUCCUUGUCCAGAUGGGACAAUGUCUAACCUGACAGAUGCAGAUCGCUGUAGCACAUGCCCAGAGGAUCAACACCCAAACAAGAACCAAAACCAAUGUAUUCCCAAGAAGAUCCAUUUCCUUUCCUAUGAAGGGACUUUAGGGAACAUUUUAGCUUACUGCGCUUUUGUCCUCUCUCUGAUCACAUUUCUGGUGCUGACAAUUUUCAUUAAGCACAGAGACACCCCAAUCGUCAAGGCCAACAACCGAGAUCUCACCUAUACUCUCCUCAUCUCCCUCCUGCUCUGCUUCCUCUGCUCUUUCCUUUUCAUCGGACAACCCACAAAGAUAACCUGUCUUCUGAGACAAGCUGCCUUUGGCGUCACCUUCUCUGUGGCUGUUGCUUCCAUUUUGGCAAAAACCAUCAUGGUGGUUCUGGCCUUCAUGGCUACCAAACCAGGAAACAUAGCAAGAAAACUCUUGGGGAGACAACUAACAAUCUCCAUUGUGCUGGUCUGUCCUCUUAUCCAAGCCAUGAUAUGUGCUACUUGGUUGCUUACUUCUCCACCAUUCCUAGAUUUGGACUUCCAUUCUUUGGCUGGUGAGAUCAUUGUGGAAUGUAAUGAAGGCUCCAUCAGCAUGUUCUACACUGUCCUAGGUUGCAUGGGCUUCCUGGCUUUCAUCAGCUUCACAGUGGCUUUCCUAGCAAGGAAACUUCCUGACAGUUUCAAUGAAGCCAAGUUCAUCACCUUCAGCAUGCUGGUCUUCUGCAGCGUGUGGGUCUCCUUUGUGCCCACCUACCUGAGCACCAAGGGGAAGGCCAUGGUGGCUGUGGAGAUCUUCUCCAUCUUGGCCUCGGGUGCUUCUCUCCUGGGCUGUAUCUUUCUCCCCAAAUGCUACAUCAUCAUCCUGAGGCCCAAUUUUAACACCAUCCAAAAACUUACAGAGAAAGACUAUUUCCCACCACAAAUGCAGAAAGAUGUCUUCAUGUG